CUAAUGCACAGUUCGAAACAUAACCCGCCGUCCUAAAAUCCUUCGCUUCUCCCAAACUCGCCCUGGCUGCAGUCUGUGUUACUCGCUUUUUCUCGCCGUCCAUGCCGUAUCUGCCCAGCUCAUUAUCGUCUUUCUCCUUCUCUAUACGCAGAUUAAAAUUUCCUGGAACAUUCUCCAGUAGCUGCAAGUUAACGUCAACGGCACUUGCCUACUUGAAUUCAACUACUUUCUCAGACGACACCCAAUUCAGUUCUUGUGACGAAACUGUAUCAUCCUCGUGCGAUUGCUCCGGGUAUUCUCCUUCAGUGCAUAAUUCAUUUGAGAUAGAUACGUUCAAGGUGGUUGAAACAUUGAACUGUUUGUUAAGAGAGCCCGCGCUUGCAUUGUCCUUCUUUCGUCAAGUGGAGGAACAAGGUUUCCAACAUAAUAUCUCAACAUAUGCGGCACUAAUUAGAAUUUUAUGUUAUUGGGGCUUGAAUAGGAAAUUAGAUUCAUUGUUUGUGGAUCUUAUUGCUCUUUCUAAAGAGUGUCCAGCUUUUGAAAUUGAGGAUUUGUUUGAAGAAAUGUUGGAUGGUUUUGGGGUUGAAGGGAAUCAGUACUCGCUGAGAGCCUUUAAUGCAUUAGUCAAAACAUAUGUGAGUGUUAACAUGUUUGAUGAAGCUAUUGAUUUUUUCUUUAAAACUAGAAGACGUGGAAUUAUUCCACACAUCUUUACGUGCAACUUUCUCAUAAAUCGAUUGGUUAAUCAUGAUAAGGUGGAUAUGGCCCUUGCCAUAUACAGGCAACUCAAAAGGUUAGGCUUGAGCCCAAAUGACUAUACAUAUACGAUAGUGAUCAAGGGGCUAUGUAAGAGAGGUGAAUUGGAAGAAGUAGGUAAAGUGAUGCAAGAAAUGGAGAAAGCUGGGAUGCCUAUCAGUUCCUUUUGGUUUUCAACUUUUGUAGAGGGCCUGUGCAACCAUCAUGGACCUGAUGAGGGAUGUCGAGUGCUUCAAGCUUGGAGAGAGGCCAAUGGCCCAAUAGAUAUGUUUGCUUACACAGCUGUUAUCCGUGGAUUUUGUAAUGAAAUGAAAUUAGAUGAAGCUGAAAGUCUUCUCCUUGACAUGGAAGAGCAAGGGUUGGUUCCUGAUGUAUUUAUUUGUAGUGAAUUGAUUCGGGGAUACUGCAAAAGUGGGAAUCUACAUAAAGCUUUUGCCCUGUAUGAUUACAUGAUUUCAAAAGGAAUAAAAACAAACUGUGUGAUUGUUAGUUGCCUCCUCCAUGGCUUGUGUAAGGCGGGCAGGAAUUUGGAUGUGGUGGAUAAAUUUGAAGAAUUUAAAAAAUCUGGAAUAUUUCUUGAUGCAGUGGUCUACAAUGUUUUGUUAGAUGCCUUGUGUGAACUGGGGAAAGUGGAUGAUGCAAGAGAGGUUCUAGAAGAUAUGAAACAUAAGAAUAUGGUUUUAGAUAUUAAACACUACACAACCCUUAUUAGAGGGUACUGUCUACAGGGUGAACUGAUUCUUGCCUUUAACAUGUUUAAAGAAAUGAAAGAAAAGGGCUUUAAGCCUGAUCUUGUAACUUAUAAUGUACUAGCUUCUGGAUUGUCUAGAAAUGGCCAUGUUAAAGAUACAAUGCAACUUUUAUAUUAUAUGAAGACUCAAGGGGUGACACCAAAUUCUGUUACACACAAGGUGGUCAUUGAAGGUUGGUGUUUAGGAGGCAAGGUUAAAGAAGCUGAGGUUUUUUUUAACAAUCUAGAAGAUAAAAGUGCCGACAUCUAUUCUGCCAUGAUAAAUGGAUAUUGUGAAGCAAACCUUCUCGAAAAAGCGUAUGAAUAUCUUAUGCUGUCAAACCAAGAGAAUGUUGUAGGAAAAGACUCCUGUUUUAAGCUACUAAGUAAACUAUGUGAUGAAGGCGAAACUGAUCGAGCUAUAGGAUUACUGCGGACACUGUCAUCAUUGGGUGUGGAACCUAGCAAAAUAAUGUAUUGCAAAGUCAUAGCUGCCUUGUGCCAGGCUGGGAAUAUGAAAAAGGCCCAUUCUCUGUUUGAUAUUUAUGUUCAGAGAGGAUUUACACCUGAUGUUAAAACUUACACCCUGAUGAUAAAUAGUUAUUGUAAGAUAAAUUGCUUACAAGAAGCCCAUAAUCUCUUCCAGGAUAUGAAGAUCAGGGGGAUCGAACCUAAUGUCAUCACCUACACAGUUUUACUUGAUGGGCGUUUGAAAUCAAAUUUGAGAAAAAAAUCCUCCCUGCGUUGUAAUAAUAGCAGGAAGGUAGAGGUAUUGGAUGUUUCCACCAUUUUGAGGGACAUGCAAGACAUGGAAAUAAAACCAGAUGUUGUUACUUACACUGUCUUGAUUGAUGGACACUUGAAGGCAAAUAACCUUCGGGAAGCCAUUAUGUUCUGGGAUGAAAUGAUUUUCAAUGGGCUUGAACCAGAUACUGUGACAUACGCUGCUCUUAUUUCUGGCUUUUGUAAUAGAAGGGACAUGAAUAAGUGUGUUAUGCUUCUUAAUGACAUGUUUUCUAACGGGGCUGCACCAGACCCACAUACCAUCUCAGCUUUGAAACGUGGUAUUCUUAAAGCUAAAAAGUUGCAAUUUUUUAAGUAAGUCCCUUUGGACUCACUAAGUGGGCAAUAGGUAGGAAUGCCAACUUUUGGCUUUUCUUCUAUCGGCAACAAAUCAAGGAGGGAGAGCUUGCCGUAGCAUCUGCCAAGUUCUUCAUCAUGCCAUCCUGUUUGAAAAGACAUUUUUGUUGGAUUGACUUUGUGAAGAGGAGGAACUAGACUUUUUCAAGCCUCUCGCUCUUUGGCAAGAACGCCUGCAAUGGCUGUCAUCAAUUUAAACGGAAAAACUCAGGGAAGGAAAAUAAAGAAAUUUUUGGAACUCAGCCAUCAUUGCGUUAGCAUGACCUCCAGUUAUCCAGCUACAGAGACCCGAGAAGAAGAGAGGGAAGCAAUGGCCAGGGGUUCAAACUCGUAUACAAUUUUCAUUUUGAUUUGGACAGCCGAGUCUGUGGGAACUCCCAUGGGUUAAUCAGGAAAUAUGGCUUGAUAUGCUGCAAGCAGCGCUUUUUGUAGCAAUGCAAAGGAAAUUGGCUUCAUCAAGAGCCAAAAAAGAGUACUUGAUGCUUAGCAGCGGGAUGGUUUUAACGAUGAAGACAAUCAAUGAUUUGGGGACUUCAAAACAGGAUUUUCACAAGAGGAUGCACAAAGUAGCCGGAGUUAAGGAUCUUUGUUGACGGUUGAGUUAUCUAUAUUGCUGCGUUCCUUGCUUUUAUCUUUGCAUUCUAUUGAGGAAAUAAAGCAUGAGGAAUUAGUUGAUAGAGCUCAAUCAUACUGUGUGAUAUAUCACAGCUAAUCCUACUUAGUGGAAUAAGACUUUAUUGUCGUCGCUGCUCUAAGGUAUAAGAAAUUAGUCGAGGCAGCUGUUUGGUUCAUUGUUGUAUAAGUGUGUAGCAUAGUACUAUUUUUCACCUCUUUUCACUGUGUAUCGCAAGGUUUUCAUGCCCUAAUUUGAUUUGGUAUGAUCUUAACAAAUUGCCACAAGAAUAGCUUGUUACAUUAGGACCAUGUUUUUGCUAUAACAGUUAAGGAAGAAAGUACAAGAAUUACUGUAUAUGAUACACUAACAGUUGAGCAAAAAAAAUAUACACGCCAUGAAAGGAUUCCUAGGGGUACUUUGAUUU